GUCACGUACUGACCGCCUGUGUAGAACGUCACAACAGACUCUCGGUCCAGGAAGCGUGUGCGAGAGUCGCUUUUUGAAACGUAAGCACGGACUAUCGUCUGUGGCAAGUCCCACACGAAGACGCACAAUUCCAGUGAACGUUUCUAAAUUGUCUGAUGCGGAAUGGGCUUUUCCAACGGCUCUGUACCUGCGAAAUGAUUGGAGUGUGGUCCGUGCUGGUGGCGACUCUUGUCGCCGUCGAUGUAUCUGCAGCAGACGACACACAGAGGAUACGCUAUGAUGGGUACACCGUCCACCAGGCUGUUUCCUCAUCCCAUGACCAGUUCCAGAAGUUUAUAUCCGAGGCCAGCCACAUACCUUUGAACUUUUGGCACGUACCUCACGCCGACAACGAUACGCUCGACGUCAUGGUCGGCCCCGAGGCGCUGAACGAUCUCCAGGCGGUGUUUGACAAACUCAAGAUGGAGUCAAAGCAGGUGGUUGAUAAUGUGGAAAGCCUGUUUGAGAAGGAACGUCGAUCCAUGCACCACAUCAAGCGCCGCGCCACCCCCUCCAUCCACUCCUACACCGUCAACUACCACUCCUACUCAGAGAUUAUUGACUACCUCCAAGCCGUGUCCAGCAGUAGAGCCAAGUCCCAAAACGUCCACGCCGACGUGUUCUCCAUCGGGAAGACCACGCAGGGUAAAGACCAGGCCAUGAUCAAGAUCUAUCGCAACGACGGAAGAGCGAAGCCGGCCAUUUUGAUUGAUGGAGGAAUACAUGCUAGGGAGUGGAUCGCUCCUGCCGUCGUCAUCAACUUCAUCUACCAGUUGGCCUUCAGCAGCGAUCAUCACAUCAGCACUAUGCUGGGGGACUUUGACUGGUACCUCAUGCCCCUGGUCAACCCUGACGGAUACGAAUACAGCCGCCUUAGGGACAGGUCGUGGAGGAAGACGAUGAACGUCAACGCUCACAGCUCCUGUAAAGGCACAGACGCCAACAGGAACUUCGGCUACCACUGGGACCCAUAUUCCGGCGGCAGCACCAACCCUUGCGAGGAAGUGUUUGCCGGCGACCACAACUUCUCCAUCCCGGAGUCCACCAACCUCGGCAACUUCAUGAGACAGCACGGGCCCUCCAUCAAGGCCUACCUCACCUUCCACUCCUACGGCCAGUACUUCCUCUACCCAUACGGCUACAGCAGCUCCGCAGUCGCACCGGACUAUGCUGAACUGGCUUCCUUGGCUCGGGCCAUGGUGCAGCCCAUGUCCAGCAGCUACGUCAUAGGGUCAUCCGGGAAGGAUCUGUAUCCAGCCGCUGGGGGGUCCGAUGACUAUGCCAAGGGCGCUUGUGGAAUCAAGUACUCCUACACUGUGGAGUUACCCCCACGGGACUCGGUCGGAGGGUACACGGGCUUCAUCCUUAGCCCCUCGCAAAUACCCAUCGUUGCAGCAGAUACACUCACGGGACUAAAAGCUUUCGCCAUUGAGCUGGCUCGAAGACUACAUUGACCACGUGUAUAGAACUGUUUUGGGAUUAAAUGUAUACAUAUCUA